CUUACCUUUGUCCAGCAUCUUAUUGGACAAUAAUGACCUCCAAAUACUCAGUGCAGCCCGAUAUUUCAUUGUCCAUUUCAAACGAGUCCUUAUUAUUAUUUGGAGAUCUUAACCAUUGGCUCGAAGGAGUGUCAGUCAGCUUCUGUGGUCCCGCCCCCUUGCUCAAAUAUCAAGCGGUGAAUGGUCAGCAGUCGGGCUGCUACUGUCUGCUCGUAACCACAGCGACUUAAUCUGGACCUGGAUGCGUGCUGGAGGAACCUGUUCGCAAUAACAGAAGAUUAACAUCUGCAGCGUUCAGGUCAACGGAUAAAGAUGCUGUCGGCUUCGGUUAGCACGUUUCACCUGGGCGACCGGAGAGUUUGGUCGAUGUGACAUUGCUUGAGCUUUUUGUUCUGGUCCCGGACGCGGAGCAGCGCUCGCGCUUUGAGAAGAUGUUGAGUCGGCUGAUGAGUGGCAGCGUCAGAAACCUGGAGCGAGAAUACAUGUGCACGGUCAGGCUGCUGGAUGAUACGGAGUAUACCUGCUCCAUUCAGGUGUCUGGCAUGGAUGAGUCCUUUCCCACUGCAAAGAGGAAAGAUAAUAGAUCACAGAGGGAUGCUAAAGGCCAGUAUUUGUUCGACCUCAUUUGCCACCAUCUAAACCUACUGGAGAAAGACUAUUUUGGCAUUAGAUAUGUCGAUCCGGAUAAGCAACGGCACUGGCUGGAGUUUACCAAGUCAAUUUCUAAGCAGAUGAAAUCACAACCUCCAUUCAUCAUGUGUCUGCGGGUAAAGUUCUACCCACCAGAUCCUGCUGCUCUGAAGGAGGAGAUAACCAGGUAUCUCGUCUUCCUGCAGAUCAAAAGAGAUCUGUACCACGGCCGUCUCCUCUGUAAAACAUCGGAUGCGGCCAUGUUGGCAGCUUACAUCUUGCAAGCUGAGAUUGGAGACUAUGACCCAGGAAAGCAUCCAGAGGGCUAUAGCUCUAAGUUCCAGUUCUUCCCCAAGCACUCAGAGAAGCUGGAAAGAAGGAUUGCAGAUAUUCACAAGACAGAGUUAAUAGGUCAAACUCCAGAAACAGCUGAGCUGAAGUUCCUGCAGAAAGCACAAAUGCUUGAAACAUAUGGUGUGGAUCCUCAUCCGUGCAAGGAUGUAUCUGGUAACCCGGCUUUCCUCGCCUUCACUCCAUUUGGUUUUGUCGUGCUUCAGGGGAACAAGAGAGUCCAUUUCCUCAAGUGGAACGAGGUGACCAAACUGAAGUUUGAAGGAAAGACAUUCCAUAUAUAUGCAAAUCAGAAGGAGGACAAAAAGAUCAUCUUGACAUACUUCGCACCAACUCCAGAGGCCUGCAAGCACCUUUGGAAAUGCGGUGUUGAAAAUCAAGCCUUCUACAAGUUGGAGAAGUCGAGCCAGGUUCGUACGGUGUCCAGCAGUAACCUGUUCUUCAAGGGGAGUCGUUUUCGCUACAGUGGAAGAGUAGCCAAAGAGGUAAUGGAACAGAGUGCAAAAAUUAAACGGGAACCUCCAGAAAUACACAGGGCUGGCUUGGUGCCCAGCAGAAGCUGUCCAUCCAUCACGCAUGGGCCGCGGCUGAGCAGCGUCCCGCGGACCCGCCGAAGAGCUGUACACAUAUCUAUCAUGGAAGGUCUGGAAUCCUUACGGGACAGUGCCCACUCCACUCCAGUACGCUCCAUGUCCUAUGGCGACUCCUUCAUCCCACGUUCACGGAGCCAGGCAAUGGACUCGGGUGAUGGGACAGCGGUCAUCUCCAGUGAGACCUACAGUCCUUCUGACAGUGUGCUGCCCACACCGGUGGCCGAGCACAGCCUGGAGAUGGCGGUCUCACGCCAGAUCAACGGUGCCCCCUGCAGCAUCGAGGAGGAGAAAGAGUCAGAGGCGGGAACGCCCACCGUGGGCGACGUGACCGAGUUAGGAGUGGACAGUAGAGUGGCAGGCCGAGUGCAGAGCGCAGGCGGGGAGGCCGCGCUCAGCGAGACGGAACAGGUGAAUAAGUUUGUUUUAAGUGUACUCCGUCUGCUCCUUGUGACCAUUGGACUCCUCUUUGUCUUGCUCCUCCUCCUCAUCAUCCUCACUGAGUCCGACCUUGACAUUGCAUUUUUACGUGAUAUCCGCCAGACCCCCGAGUUUGAGCAGUUCCAUUACGAAUACUUUUGUCCCCUCAGACGGUGGUUUGCCUGCAAGCUCCGCUGGGUGGGCGGGCUGCUCAUUAACAAGUGAAAAUGAGGCACUAAAGCUCGUAAAGCCUCCCUUGUUGGGGUUGAGAAGACGCUAAACACGUGGAGAGAGAGAGAGACGGAGGGCAUCGACCUGUCCCAUGAACCCAGCUUCUUUCAUGACACUCCUGCUGACACACGGGGGACCACCAGGCCCACAGCUCCUCUUCUCUUCCACUUUUAGUUCUUUCUCCCCCGUCCAUUUUUACACCUUUAUUUUUGUCUUUUUUACAAAGACAAUUUAUUUAUUUGUAUUUAUUAAUUUUUUUGGUUUCCUUAUUUUGGAUUUCAGGUCAUUUCAGGUAUUUUAUUUUUACAAAAAAAUAAAAAAAAAAAAAAAAAAAAAACCUAAACUCUAUUCAGAGACUUUAGAGGAAUAUAUCGUUCCUUAAAUAGGGAAUAUAAAAUAUUUUGUUGCAACGAGAAUGUUGCCUAUGUUGCUUAUAUUUAUUUUAAAAUAAUAAUUAUUAAAGAAUCUGGUGCAUUAAGUCAAGCUGGUAUGGUAUAGUGGGUUUGGAAAGCACGAGAAAGUUGAAAACCAAUGCUUUUCUGAGUUUAUGCAUAAUUCAUAUCCAUCCGUCAUUUAACUCUUAGUAAAUUCUGAAGGCUGCUAUAAUUUACCACAUCAACGAUCAGAUCAGCAGAGGGUUAUAUUUAAGGUAAGAAUGUGCAAGUUAUUUUGGAAGCGAAAGCUGAGGAAAGACUGGGAAUGAUGCUAUUUGAAUAAAAACUGAUGGGUACAUUUGAAUUCUGUAUUUGGUGGCUUGAGUUUUAGGGUGUCAAAUACGUUUUAGGAAUAUAAUUGUGUUUAGGCAGUAGCAAGCUGUGAAGUAGAAUUCUUUUUAAAAAGGUUCUUUCUAAUGGAUACAGAAAAAUUAAUUGGUAUAAAUUGUGUUAUGUCAUGUGACCCAAUAGAGUCAGUAUCUGUUAAAGUUAUCAGGAAUGAUUUAAAAGUAACUAGCACCCAUAGAUCCAGUCUAGCUACAGUAGAUGCGCAAUACUGUAAGGGUUUGGUUUUUAAGAACUAAGUAAAUUUUUUUUUCAUGAGUAUGUGUAUUUGCUUUAUUAUAAUUUUUAAGUUUUCCAUUCUGAAUCUUUCUCUAUAGAAAGAAAUCCCAUUGUAUAAACAAUUUUUUUUUUAAAUUCCAUAUCAGCCUUGCUCUUAAGCUGGUAUUUUGUGGAUAUCAUGCUAUUUUUUUUCUUAAUUACAAUAACAAUGCUGUACUUUUUGUACAAAAGUAGUUAGUUUCCUAAUAUAUCAACAGUUUUUCCAUGUAUAUUUUAACAGAAACUGAAAUGUUAUUUUGUUAUUAAAAAUUAAAUUAUACCUUUUUUAGCUCUGUGUUCCAGAUGAGGUCUAGAAUUUAUGGCGUUUCUGUCAAGGGAGACACGGGAAAGAUUUUUAUCCACAAUCAGUCACUUAACCGGUAAUGAGAAAACCAUCCCUGUGCUUUGUAUAUUGGUAACAGCACUGCAUUCGAACAGUACUGAUGACUUUGCACACAGUUUAGCCAAAAGACUGUGUGUGUAUGUUUGUGCGUGUAUGCUCAUAUGUUAAUUAAUUGAUGUUUUGGCAAUAUGUACUAAAAGGCCAGGUUUAGUCUUUAGUACACUAUGUCCUGAUUAGUCUAUAGUAUUUAUCUGAAGACAGACGAUUCUUCCAGUGGCAUGCCAGUUGGACAGGGGUUUUAUUUUAGCAUACAUGAUCUAUUUUAUGCCUGCCCCUUUGAAACUGCUAUUGAUGUUACUGUUUUUGUAUUUGAGAAAAUUAAAAAUAGAGGAAGCAAAUGCAACAUGCACAAGGAGCGGACUUAUUUUUGUGUGCAGUGAAAAAGAGACCAGAAUUGAGAGACAAGUAACAGCCAGUGGUAAUUACCGUAGUAAGGGGGAUGUUUUAGAUCUUAAAUUGGUAUUCAUGCUACAAUAAAUUACAAUAAUUGCAGCUUUUAAAUACAGCAUUAGUUUGUGGCAGCUCACAGGCUUGGCUUUACUAGUACAGUUAUUUUAAAUGAACAUGCUUCAAUCCGCCAAUCACAAUCUGCUGUUGUGUAUGAGGCCAGAAUCAUUAUGGUGCUAGUAAACAAAUUGUCACGACGGCUGAGAUGUGUUUUAGGAAGCGGCUGACUGUAACAGUAAUGUGCUUGACUAGUCGAAUUGUGCAAUUGGGUCACAUGCCUUUAUAACCAUUUCGUAGAACCGCUGUCUUCCACCUACAGGGGAUCUGAAACUGGUUUAAGCUAUGACAGACAAACAUGAGAUGCAGGGAAAACCGUAGCAGAAACGGUUAAAAACCACUAACACAUGGAAAAGAGAGCGCACCAUUGGUGUUACGCAUGUUUUGUACCUUGACAAGUGUUCAUGCAUGCAUUUAGAACAUCUCUGAUGUGCCAAAUUAUAACAGCGUUGUGGUGGCUUAAGUCCAUUCAUAUUUUUGUAGAAUCUGAUCAAACGGUUGUUUUCACAGCACAGUAAUACAAAAGUGUUGCUCUGAAGUGUACUUGCUUGCUAUUGAUGAUGAGUUUUAAUUUGGAGAAUCAAUAAAUGGAUUUUGAGCAGAGAAAAAAAAAAUGCUUGGAAGACGAGUAAAGGUUUUGAAAAAGAACAGAAUUGAAGUGGAUCGAAUUUUACUCAUUGACAGCAUUAUGUAGCCUCAGUGGUCAGUCCUGCAUGGCAGCGCCAUUCAAUAAGCAAUAACCUGAAUUAUAGAAUCAUGCGGAUGAAUCAUUUUGAUGGUUUUUGUGCUGUGUAGCAAGUCAGACUACCUGAUGUUUUCUAAGUCUGAUCCAUUUCCUUUUAAGUUGGACGCAAAAUUGCAUUUUAACUAAAAUUCUUAUUUUAUAUGAUGAUUAUUGCCAAAAUUUGCUACAUUUUAUACUCCUUGUAAGCACUCGUCGUCUUGUUUGGAUUCUGAACUGUCAGUGUCCUGCUGUUUUGAAGUUUUACGCUUCUCUUCAUCCUUGAAAUCCUACUGCACACGUUUCAACUAGCGUGCUCCUUCCCAGACUAGUAGAUCAAGGGCAAUUGCUACUACUGUCCUUGUGAGCUUCUACUUCAUUCUUUUGUCUCUAGACAGUUUACUCGUACUGUACAGAAUGGCCAGGUCUGACUGUGAUGAAUGCAAGGGUCCUAUAAAGGACAAUCGUCAGCUAAAUUGGCUCAUUUCUGUGAUCAACUACCUGGGUUAAUUAUCAAGGUCCCUCUGUGAACUUGUUUAUGCUUCUUAGUAUGCAAGUGCAAGUAUAAUGGAAGUUGAACAUUUGCCAUGACACUUAUAAAAAGUAGACUUUCAGGAGUAUUACUGUACACUGCAGAUAAAGCACUUCACUGGCUUCAAAUAUACAUUUACAGCAUGAACAAAAUGUUACAGCUUCAAGCAAACCUAUUAAAGACGGUGAUUUUAAUGUUCAAGAUCUGGUGUUGUUGGCUACAGCAAUUAGAUUCUGGUUUACAGUUGUGAAAUCAUAUUAAGUGGCUGCUGAUCUUUAAGAGUUUGAGCUUUAUAGAUUUGGACCACAUUCAAAGUAAGGUCAAGAUGUCCUCCAUGUUCAUAAAAGGGAUUGUUAAAGGUAAUUCAAUGAACAUCUUGCAUUAGACAGCAGCUGUGUGACGUUUCUGAUCGACUUGUUUAGGUUCUGAUAAAUAUUCUACCAGGGACUUUAAAUUUAAUCAUCAUCAGAAUUAACUGCUCCUUACAUGCUUGCAUACAAAUUUCCAAAUUAUUUGGUAAAAUCUGACUUCACCUGAACCGUAGCUUUAAGAUUCACUAAGGCGCUGAGAUCCUGUAAAGAUCAGUGGUGGCAACACGCUUCAUUUACUGUACUGUGCUUUUGUCACUUUUCCAGCCUCAACAGAUAUGCAUAUACAUGCACAUUUGUUGAUGCAUAGAUGUCUGUCUGUGGGCGUGUUUUUCUCUAAUCUGUAUCUUUUUUAUUUGGGACUGAAGGUUGCAGUUUAGUUCCUUAAUAUAUGAAUAUUGAACUAUAUACAAAAUUAAUGUGCCAAAUGCAGUUCCUGUUAAGUCAGAUUCAUUCCAAAAUCAUCUUUGUACUGUAGGAAACCUUCCAUGAAACUGGUAUAAAGAAAUUGUUUCACUGAUAGUCUCUUGUAACUGGUGCCAUGGAAAUAUUCAAACUUGAAAUAAACAUUCAAAAGAG